CACCCCUUUAAAGAACCCACUGGGAUAGAGGCUGGGGUAAUGGAAGGGCAUUAUUAACCCCUACACAAGGAGGUUCUUUGGGACAGUGAAGAGAAGAUGGGGGUAGGGGUUAAUAGUGAUCUGACACUUGGCCCAGUAGGAUGUUUAUUAUUUGGAUCUGUGCCCAGUUUUUAGAGAUUUGCCCCCAGUCAUUUGCUGUAGGGAUUCUGGUGCCCUGAUCAUGGGGUGUAACUACAGAGGAAGCAGACCCUGUGGCUGCAGGGGGGGCCCAAGAUGUAUAAGGGUCCUAAGUCAUAUACAAUUGUGAUGGUAAAACAGGUCAAACUUCAGACAUUUUUGGGGCCGGAAAAAUAAUUGACUGUAGGGCCCAGUAAUAUUUAGUUAAGCCACUGGCCCUGACGUUUGUGUUGCGCUGUUGUUUUGGGACUAGGGAUACAUGGGCUGCCCAGGCACUUUAGAUUAGUUGACAGUUGCCGGCUGACAGUCAGGUACCAUGAUCAUCACUGGCCGCCAGUCCAUUCCCCAGCAGCGCUCCCACAUCCAGUAGCUGGAGGCGACCCAUUAGCCGGCUGCUCCUGUGACCUGAGCCGCGCCCUGCUUCAGCCCCGGAAAGCGACCUGAUUGGCCGUCUCUUUCCAUAUGCAAAUGAGGCUGGGGGAAUGACAUUCCUCCGGACUCUUUUACAGUAAAAGGCAAUUGAUUUCUAGGCAGCGUCUCAUUCCCAGAGCCAGAGAGGAAACAAGAGCGCUGAGCCGGGGGAUUCAGUCUUCUGCCCAACUGUCAGUUUCUGCGUUAGCGAGUCAGGAGUCACAAGUUGCAGCAGGAGUGGCAGCGAGGAGCAGGAAGAGUUAUACUGAGCACAUACCUGUCUAUGUGAGUCACCUGCCUGAUGUGACUGCCUCUGUGGCUGCCCACAAUACAAAACAACCACAGGAAGAGCCACAAAGAAUCCACCAGAGAUGGAGCAGCCCAUGUGACAUGCCAAGGAGAGGGGGGGAUGCUGCUUGGCACCCAGUCCUGCAUACAGAGCACCCACUAGAUUACAGACUAUUCAUAGGGCACGUGGAGCAGUUGUUGAAGCCAAUGUCUGAUUAUUGGAGAUAAAAUUCCCAGCAGCUGCCAUUUAACCCCUUACCCAGGAGUUGAGCAAAGUUCCUUUAAGGCACCAAUAUCCAGUGCCGGGCCGCCUGGUGCUGUCUAGACUACCCUUUUGCUUGGGUCAAACUGCUGAAACUUUGGAGAAGUUCACUGGGGAGAGAGUAAAUGGGUGCAGACGUUUUAUCCAUUGAAUUAUGUGAGUGAUCACUGACUCCUGAGUAUGAUCACUGUCUCCUUAGCCUGAUCACUGUCUCUAGAAAGUACCAUUGACUCGUGAGUGUAACGAUUGAUUCCUGGGAGCGAUCACUGCCUCCGCUGCUCUUGCGACUCUUCAUUUUUAAAGUGAUUUACUCACCAGGCUUGUUGUGAUGCGUAUCCCCGUAGAUACCAGCACCAGCCGCCGCUUCACGCCGCCCUCCGCCACUCUGAGUCCGGGGAAGAUGAGCGAGCCGAUAGCGCUAAAUGUCGCGGACAGCAGCGCCGCCCUGGUGGGCAAACUGAGAAGCACAGACCGGAAUAUGGUGGAUGUACUGUCCGAUCAUCCGGGAGAACUGGUGCGCACAGACAGCCCCAACUUUCUCUGCUCGGUGCUUCCCACACACUGGAGGUGCAACAAGACCUUGCCCAUCGCUUUCAAGGUGGUGGCCUUGGGAGAAGUUCCAGAUGGGACACUGGUGACAGUGAUGGCUGGCAAUGAUGAGAAUUACUCCGGUGAAUUAAGGAAUGCCACAGCAGCCAUGAAAAAUCAAGUGGCCCGCUUCAAUGACCUGAGAUUUGUUGGACGAUCUGGAAGAGGAAAAAGUUUCACCCUGACUAUCACCGUCUUCACCAAUCCCCCGCAAGUGGCUACCUACCAUCGAGCCAUCAAAAUCACAGUGGAUGGACCACGAGAGCCACGGCGACACAGACAGAAAUUAGAUGAGCAGACAAAACCGGGCAACUUGUCCUUUUCUGAACGACUCAGUGAACUAGAACAUUUGCGCCGAACAGCCAUGAGGGUCAGCCCACAUCACCCAACUCCCACGCCCAACCCACGUGCCACCCUAAAUCAUUCCACAGCUUUUAAUCCUCAGCCGCAGGGUCAGAUACAAGAUACAAGACAAGUCCAGGCAUCUCCUCCUUGGUCGUAUGAUCAGUCCUACCAGUACCUGGGAUCCAUAGCAACUCAGUCUGUACACCCUGCUACCCCUAUAUCGCCGGGAAGGGCAAGCAGUAUGACGUCUCUCAGCGCUGAGCUCUCCAGCCGACUAUCAGGAGCCUCAGACCUAACAGCAUUCAGUGAUCCUCGAGUUGGCAUUGACCGUCAGUUCUCCACUCUUCCUUCCAUCUCUGAUCCUCGUAUGCACUACCCAGGGGCUUUUACCUACACCCCAACCCCGGUCACUUCAGGUAUAGGAAUUGGCAUGUCAGCAAUGACCUCUGCUACAAGGUACCACACCUACCUACCCCCUCCAUAUCCUGGAUCUUCUCAGGCACAAAGUAGUCCCUUUCAGACCAGUUCCCCACCUUACCAUCUCUAUUAUGGAACAUCUGCUGGAUCCUACCAUCAGUUCUCUAUGAUGUCAGGAGGAGAACGAUCCCCGCCUCGCAUCCUCCCACCUUGCACAAACGCUUCCACGGGGUCCACUCUCUUGAACCCUAACCUUCCAAACCAAAGCGAUGUAGUGGAGGCCGAAGGAAGCCAUAGUAACUCUCCUACCAACAUGGGAACCACCCCAAGGCUUGAAGAAGCUGUAUGGCGGCCAUAUUGAGACACACGCAAGUAAUAAAUGGAGGACACAUUGGAUGAAUGAGAUAUUGGCGAGGUGGAAAAACUGUGAAAGCCUCUGGUUUAGCGACGAUGUGAAAAGGCAAAGAUUGGAGGCUACUUGGAGAGAAUAUGCAUACGGCCACUUGCUCUUCCUUCUCUGGAUUUCCUGUUUUCUCUGUACUUUCAACAUAUUUUGGAUUACAAUUUUUUUUUUUAAAACGAUUAAAUCCAGAUUUAAAAUAUAUGUGUUUUUUUUCAGAACUCUAAAUUAUUGGAACAUUACAAGGACUGGGCUUUGUAGCUUGUUACAGCCUGUGUAAUAUAAUGUCAGUCCCUAUGUACGAAAAAGAAAAAUAAUUUUCAAAAAAAAUGAUCCUGCUCUGAAAUUUCAAAUUUUGCAACCCUGUUAAUAGGCACCUUAUUGCUUUUUUUUGUCUGCAUUUUUAGCUUCCUUUUAUGAUUUUUCCAUUUUUUUUCCAUAAACUUUUGUAUAUUUUUUGUAAGAUUUCCUGUGCUCGGUGGCUCCGCUCAGUGACCUGCUGGGUCCACCACUGUAAGAAAUGUUUGCUGUAUUUAUAUGUAAGAAAUUCAGGGUGUCCGUAUUUGAAACUUGUACGCUCCAAACGAUACAAGAUUAUUGUUUACAUUGUUUAUUUUAUAUCAGAAUGAAUUAUGAAUUUUAUUUAAAUGCAGUCCCCCCCCCCCAAACUGAUUGGACAAGCAAGAUCUGAUCUGCUAAAAGGAACAUAUUUAUGUGUACAACAUUGCCCCCUUCAUGCUCAAAAUAAAUUACUACUAAAAUUACUAAUAUUGCUCUCCUGAGCACUUUUGCAAAUAUGUUUUUAAGACAUUACCACUUUUUGCACUAAUAUAGUGAAAACAAGAGUAGCUGCCUACUGUUCAUUUUGCUCAACUUCAGUCAGCAGAAAAUUAAUUUAGUUAGAAGAUGAAAGUCUUGUGAUGCUGCUCUGCUCAGAAAAUGAAGUUAGUGAGCAGAGAAGAGGCAUCUUAUUGUUAUCUGGUCAUUCUUAAGUGGCCAUACACAGGGAGAUCCGGUGGUUUGGCGAAACGAGUGGAUCUCUCCCAGAUAUGCCCUCAUUGGGGCAUAUCAGACUGAUCCGAUCGUGGGCCCUAAAGCCCAACGAUCGGAUUAAAAUAGAGGCCAAAAGGGCGGUCAGAUCGUGGGACUGCAUCAACGAAAAGAUGCGGCCGCUAUCCGAUGGAAUUUUUUAACCUGCCCGAUCGGCAUCUGACCGACUUUCGGUCUGUCUGCAGCUUUUAUCGGCCCGUGUAUGGGGGCCUUUAAGCAGAGCUACAUCACAAGACUUUCACUUUCUCACCAAAUUAGUUUUCAACUGUAGUUAACCAAAAUUAAUACUCAGAAGCCGUCUUCAUUGGGUGGACGGUGUGGGACAGGCCUGGGGUCACGUAAAACUCAGUGAUGUCACUAUAGUUGGUUCAAGUUGCAGCUAAUCUCAUGUUCAAACCAACUCAAUCCAAGCAUGAAUCACGAUUAGACCAGCUUCCAGCCAAUCAGUUCAUUAAAACCUUUCACCAACCUGGGGCCAAUCAGAGCGUUGGAAUGUUUAACGUGCUCAUCCCUCCUUAAGCCAAUGAAAGCACUGGAACAUACAGAACACAGGAUUUUGCUAAGUAUGUUCUCUCUGUGCUGCGACAAGCUGGUUCUAUUUAUGAAAUGGCCAAAGUGUUAAAAAAAAAACGAAAAAUUCUUUCAAAAAAAAUAUUUGCACUGAAUUCACGCCUAAAUCUUCGACGAUCUCAUUUUAAAGGCAAACGUAACCUUAUUUAUACGUUGGGUUUAUUAUUUUUUUUAUAAAAUGUUAAAUAAAGCCUAGGUUCUGCACAGAGAGCCUUAUUUAUGUGUAUAUUUAUUCAUAUGUGUAGGAGCUGUCAUACUGCUUUCUCUGCCACGGUAAAAUGAAUUAUCUUGCUUCAGUUGCAGUGCGUCAGCGCCCCUCAGUGGCCAAAUGGAAAAUAAAAUUUGAGCAUGCUU